AUGGCGAAGGCACCACCCGGACCCGACUUCUCUCGCGUUGCAGCGGAAGUGCGGAAGCGCUUGGGUAGCUUUGGUGAUGUUACCGGCCUUUUGGCUCUCGUCGGUUUUACCGGUAUUGUCGGGACGGGGCUCUACAAGUCUGUUUACUUCGUGGACGGUGGGUGUCGUGCGGUGAAGUUUAACGCCAUUACGGGCAUGAAGGAUAAGACGUAUGGGGAGGGGGCAAACUUUGCUAUUCCUUUUCUUGAAACACCGGUUGUGUUUGACAUCCGUAACAAACCCACGGAGGUGAUGACGGCAACAGGGAGUCGCGAUUUGCAGACUGUUAAUUUGGCGGUUCGUGUCCUCUACCAGCCGAGUGUCAACAACUUAUCACACGUCUACCGUAACCUGGGCAUGGAAUACGCAGAGAUUGUGUUGCCGUCUCUUGUCAAUGAGAUUAUCCGUGCGGUUAUAGCGCAAUUUAACGCCUCCGAUCUUCUUGUGAAGCGUCCUGAAGUGAGUCACCGCAUCGCUGUUAUGCUGGCGGAGCGUGCGAAGCGAUUUUACGUGGACAUCACAGACGUGUCGAUCACCCAGAUGAGCUUUGGGAAGGAGUACACCAGCGCCGUGGAGGCUAAACAAGUGGCGCAACAGAUGGCAGAGCGGGCCAAGUGGCGUGUGGAGCAGGCGGAGCAAGAGAAGAAGGGUGCAAUUCUACUUGCGGAAGGUGAGGCGGAGGCGGCUAAGCUUAUUGGUGACGCGGUGCAAAAGAAUCCAGCCUUUAUUACUUUACGCAGCCUGGAGGCGUCACGUGCAAUUGCUAAAAUGGUGAGGAAGAACGGGGCUGGCACGUUUUACCUGGACAGCAGUGGCCUGACUCUCAACGCCAACGCAACUGGUGGCGAGGGGUCAGCAGACGUUCAUGGCGGGCGCCUGUAA